GUCGAGCACACAGCGAGCGUCAACGGCGCACUGCGCAGCAGCAGAGAGGAGGCAUCGGCAGAGGGCUCGCGGCCAUGGGCAACUGCGAGCUCGCUGCAAUCCAUGGACAGGGAGCCAACCGCGCUGCGUGGAAGAGGAACAGGGAGGGCGUGGCUGGAGGAAAGGGGCGAGCUGCUUGUGGCCAUGGGGGAGAAGAAAGGGCGCCGUCGAGGGAGCUUCAACAGUGGAGCGCUCGGCUGCUGGACUGCUCACCGUGGACAGCAGAGAAAGGCAGGUGCAGUGGAGAAAGGGCGCUCAAAACUGCUGGCCGGAGCUAGGGCUCGGCCAUGGGAAAGAAGGGGGAAGGAGGAAGGGGAGCCGGCUGGUGGAGAUGGGAGAGCUCGGCUCCAUGCAGAUAUGGAGCUCACCAUUUGGAGCAGUGGCAGGGGGCGUCCUUGGCUGCUGGGCGAGCUCGGCAUGGAGAGGCUGCUUGCUACCGUGAUGCGGGAGGAAGAAGGGGUGCCCUGCUCUUGCACGUUGGGAAGAAGGGGAGGACGCCAUGGGAGGAGAGGGAGCUCCAUGCUGCAGCCGCUCGCAGGAGGAGCCGGGAGGGCGCCGGGCCAUGGCUGGCCGAGGGGAGGAGCUCCUGCCGUCAACCCUGCACACACAGAGAAAACAGCGGCCAAGGGGAGAGCAGGGGGGCGCUAGGCAAAGGUCCGGCUAGAGGUGGAAGAAGGCUUGGGCGCCAUCCAUGGGAGUGGCUGCUCCCUGCUCUGGCGUGCGUGAAGGAGCGUGGGCUGCUGCCGUGAGGGAGAAGACAGGGAAAGAGAAGGUGGCGGCUAGGAGAAUUAGAGGGGUGGGAGUGCAAAAUAGCCAAG